CACCGGGCAGGACUCCGGGCAGCGGCACUCCGGGCAGAGGCACAGGCACGUCGGGCUGGACUCCGGGCAGAGGCACGUCGGGCUGGACUCCGGGCAGAGGCACGUCGGGCUGGACUCCGGGCAGAGGCACGUCGGGCUGGACUCCGGGCAGAGGCACGUCGGGCUGGACUCCGGGCAGAGGCACGUCGGGCUGGACUCCGGGCAGAGGCACGUCGGGCUGGACUCCGGGCAGAGGCACGUCGGGCUGGACUCCGGGCAGAGGCACGUCGGGCUGGACUCCGGGCAGAGGCACGUCGGAUUACCAGGCGGAGCAGCAGACAGCGGGCCACCGGGCGGAGCAGCAGGCACCGGGCCACCGGGCGGGGCGACAGGCAUCGGGCCCCUAGGAGGGGCGACGGGCAUCGGGCCCCCAGGCGGAGCGGCGGGCGCCGGACCCCCAGGCGGGGCAACAGGUCUCGGGCCCCCAGGCGGAGCGGCGGGCAC